UCUGUCUCAUUUCAACUCCCCAAGUCAUGGCGUGCCCGUCGAACCUCUUUGCCACAUUCUUCAUCGUCUUUGUCAUCUCUAUUGCGAGCUCCACUGCUCAACUCUCCACCGACUACUACGAUUCUUGUUGCCCCGGUUUGCUCGAUGCAGUCCGAGCCCAGGUCAAGCUGGCUGUAGACAAAGAACCCAGAAUGGGCGCGUCGCUUCUUCGUUUAUUCUUCCAUGACUGCUUUGUCAACGGGUGUGAUGGUUCCAUUAUGUUGGAUGACACCGCUACGUUCACUGGAGAGAAGAAUGCAGCCCCCAACAGGAAUUCUACCAGAGGAUUUGAAGUGAUAGAUGCAAUCAAGGCUGCUGUGGAGCAGAUCUGCCCGGGGGAUGUGUCAUGUGCCGAUAUCUUGGCCAUAAGUGCCAGAGACUCUGUUGUUGCUUUGGGUGGGCCUAGCUGGGAUGUCAAGGUUGGAAGAAGAGAUGCCUGGACUGCCAGCCAAGCUGCUGCUAAUACUAGCAUCCCUGCUCCCACCUUCGAUCUUAAUCGUCUCGUUUCCAGCUUCCAAGCUCAAGGACUCUCUGUCAAAGACUUAGUUGCACUGUCAGGGGCUCACACGAUUGGCCAGGCAAGGUGCACCAACUUCAGGGCUCGCAUAUACAAUGAGACCAACAUAGAUGGCUUCUUUGCAAGGACUAGACAGGCGGGAUGCCCCAGGACAUCAGGAGCAGGGGACAACAACUUGGCACCCCUUGAUAUACAGACGCCUACCUCCUUCGACAACAGCUACUUUCAGGACCUUAUCAGUAUGAGGGGACUCCUCCAUUCCGACCAGCAGCUCUUCAAUGGUGGAUCCACGGAUUCACUGGUCACGUCUUACAGCCAGAGCAGCAGCACCUUCAAUGCCGACUUUGUUGCGGCGAUGAUCAGAAUGGGAGACAUCAAGCCCCUUACUGGGUCCAACGGCGAAAUCAGGAAGAACUGCAGGAGGAUCAACUAAGAAGGCUUGGGUUCGAUUAUCGAUUGUAGAUUAAUACUUUGAUUCUGAUUAUGCGCCCCAGAGCUUUUACAAUAGCAAGAUAUUAUACGUGUGUUUCCUUUUGGAGGCAAACUAUGUUGUUUUGCCGUGUUUGUCAUUUCUUACUGUUUAGUGAGCCAAUCACCAAAAAACCUUUUUAUGCUUUCCCUCAUGAGGGUAUAUCGUCACCACCUGUAAUGGAUUUAUCGUAGGCAGAAUCUCCUUGAUCUUUUUUGUU